AUGGAGUCUCCAACGCGUCCCAUCCUCAGUCCCACGAAAAUCCUCCACCCGGUAUCGCCGGAACGCAUGAAUCAACAAACAAUCCCCGCCUCACCAUCGCUGCCCACAGAGUUGUUGUCGCUACACCAUAAAAAUGCAAAGGGUGUUUCCGAAGUCCAGGCCAAGGUUGCGUUCCUCAAUAACCUCUCACGAGGAGGUAGUCCCACCACCCACACGCAAUCCGCCACAAACAAUGCUGCCCUCCAGCGGGCAAUCCUUGGCCGCGAAGAAGCCGAGUCUGCUUUGAUUUCUGUGCAAGAAGAGCUCUCCGAGGCCCAAUCCCGCGAGCGCCGAAUUAGUGAACGACUGGAGUCUUUGUUAGAAGAACUACAUGCUGCCAAAGAGCGCCAAGCCCACGAACGAUCAAUUUUCGAGAAGGAGAUCCGAAAAGCACGCAAAGAAGCUUUCCGAGCGGGCUCAACCCUCGUCAAACUUCAAGAAGAAUUGAAACACUCCAAGUCCGAGUCCAAGGCUCUGAAAGAUGAAGUCGCUGCCGAGCGCGAGUCUAAGGAUAAAGCAAAGCAAGAAGCAUUCGAGCGUGCUUACGUUCUUGCUGGCCUGACCGAAGAGCUAGAAAUGCUCAAGGGCAAACUGCGAUCGAUGGAGGCAGCCAAUCAUUCUAACACCUUGGAGGCCCGGGUCCAUAAGAUUCGAAAAGAAGAAUUCGGACGCAUCUCUCUAGCCGAGGGCGAUCUUGCGUUCUUGACAACACCCCGGCGACCGAAGCGCGCAGCCAUAGGAUCUGCGAGAUCUCCUGCAUCUGAAAUCGAGGCUGACGAAGUUACGGAAGCUACGCCUCCUAAGCGUCAACGCCUUUCGGAAUGCACAACUACGGCCGGGCCUGAAGAAACGGCAUCCGAGGUCUCCUCGUCAGUGAACAACGAGGCAUUGGAGGAGUUGAGAGACGAAAUUGAUCUUGAACGCCGUCGUCGCAUUGACGCGGAAGAGAUGGUACACUUCUUGAAUAUUGAGUGUCAGUUCCAGCGCUGCUCUUGCCGAAUCGCCGAGAGCGAGGGUCGACGAUACAUCUACGAUGCCGAGUACUACGAGAAGUAUCAAAAGCCCCAAAUUGAAGCCGAGGCUGAAGCUGCGCGGCAAGCCCGCAACCGACAGACUGAACACCAACAGCCAGAUUCCGAGAAAAUGGCUCCCCAUCCUCAUUCAAGCCAUACCCCGAGCGUCGAACCCCCUGCCAUUAUCCACUAUCAACCAGAGCAGGCUCCUGAACCUAAGCCCAGGCCUGAACAUGCUGUGAAGCCAGAGCCAGUCGAACCACCCGAGAAGAUGCAGAUGCCUGAAGAGCCAUUGGUGACUUUCUCUCCGGAGACGGGAACUUUCAAGACUUUCCCGUCACCUCUCCGUGACAACGAUCUGCCUCGGGAGGAAAGGGAUUCAUUUCACAUCUCCAAAAUGCCGAAUCUGAAGCCCUCUAUGCAAAGCUGGAGGGACUCGGGUGCGUCGUCGAACUACACUCCCGAUGCUUUCUCCCCCUCAGAGGAGGCGAGGACUUCUCGGAUGGUCCACCGCGUGGAGACCGUUCUCAGUGAGGGUGCGAACGCUCGCCUCUCCGUGGAGUCCCGACCCUCCCGACAAGUCGAAAGAGAUACGUGCUCAACAACCAAACGUAUUCCCCUCCGUGAACCAUCUGAUUCUCGGACGUCUGGUUCUUCUGGCUUUGUGCCCGAUACACCUAUCAACCGGGAAGACGCCCUUGCCCAGAUCGCGGCACGCCGUGACCGUGCACGAAGCAAGCAGCGCUCGGUGAGCGCAAACGAAGCGACUGGCCGUUCAGUUGGCUCCACAGCCACGACCCCAGGUCGCGGCCCAAGACGCAUGCCCAAUCUACGGGCAGAUGGCAAAACUGAAAAUGACCUGGCAGAGCGCCGGGACUUGAGCGCUCCUGUCCGGAUGUUCCGACGAUAG